AUGCAACUGAAAUUGCUAAUUCCAAUAAUAUCUCUACUAAUUGUCUCAAGUUUGUCCGUAAAUAACACGGAAUUUCGAUUGAGAAAAGGAAACGAGACGAAUGAAGGGGUUUUUGGUGGGUUUUGAUUUUUUUUUUCUGUGAAACGUUUUUGAGUUUUUUCAGUUUUGCCAACGAGUUCUAGCGAUGAAGCAGAUGAAUCACUUCUGCCCCACCGAACUGAAAAUGAACUUCGAAUUAUUAAAGCUACAGAAGGUCUUCGCAAUUUUCUGGGUAGAAAUCCAAUUCUAACUGUGAUAUUUCUUGGAUUUUUGACUGGAGUCCUCAUGGUCAUCGCGGUUUUUUUGUUACGGGCGUGGUGUUCUAAAAGAAGGUGCGUUUUGGGCUCGAAAUACUCCAACACUUAUACAAAAAUUGCAGAUUCCGCGCCAAAAUGCUCAUCGCCGAUGAUCUUUACGACACCACAAUUUGCUCGCAAAAAUAUGCUGAAAAAACAGUUCUUCCAAACAACCACGAAGUCACCAUGCAAUUGAUCUCCGCCGAAUCUUCGAUGGCCUAA